AUGAUUACGUUGCUCAUACACAAUUACUUUAAUCAAGAAUACUUACUUAGUAUUAUUAAUUUGAGACAAACCAAAUAGAAAAAAAAAUAAGUUGGAAUGUAAAAUCAGUACUAUUUUACCAUUAAUUAAUUAUAUUGUUUAGCUUAUCAAUGCCUAAAAUUUUUUAAAAAUAUAAUAAAUAAUAAUAACAAAAAUAAAAAUUCACUAUAAAAUAAAAUGAAGUAAGUUGAGAUCAACUCUAACACAUUUUAGUAAAAUCAUAAUAAUCUAAUCUAGCUUUUUCUGGAAUAUUAUGAGUAAUAUCUGGUCUAGGGCUAAAAAUUUCCUUAAUAAAAUAGCUCAUAUUCAACAAUGUCAGAAACCACUUAUAACUGCGAUAACAAUUCUUAAUUGACAAUUUUGGAUAUCCCAUGCUAAUAGAAUUACUUCUCAUAACGAUAAAACUAGAUAAAAAAUUUGCUAAACAGCUUCAAAAACCAUAUUACUGAAACAUAAGAUGAGUUUCUUAUGAACAGGUACUGUUAGUUAUACUAAAGCUAAGGGAUAAACUACACAAAUUUGAAGAAGAUAGUAACAAAAAGAAUUAAAGAUAAAAAUACGAGAUGGAAUAUGAAGCUCAAAAGCCUACUAAAAAGUAUACACUUGAGACAAAUAUUCUAUUAUUAUCUAGAAAACGAAUCUAUGAAAUGGCUAAACAACUCUAAGGUCUAGGAUAGGGAGUUGAUUAUUGAGCUGGUUGAGAGAUUAAUUUAAUACUAACAUAACGAUAAAAUUUUAAAAGAAAUAAGAACCUACCGAAAAUGA